AUGUACGAAUGUAUCCAAAACUACUUAACAAAACAUAUAGAUGAACAAAAUAUUUAUGUUAAAAAAUGUGUUUCAAUUAUUGGGUCUCCAUUAGCUGCUGGCCAAUCUCUUGGAGGUGUAAAUAAAGCAUGUGACAAUUUGAGGCAACUCGGAUUAUAUGAUGUUAUUAAAGCUAUGGGUUGGAAAUAUAACGAUAUUGGAAAUAUUGGGGAAAGUAUAUCGAUCAAUACUUUUCUAAAUUCAGCAAAUGCCGAAAAGGGAAUCAAAAAGGAGGCUGAAAAGGAGGCUGAAAAGGGAGCCAAAAAGGAGGCUGAAAAGGAGGCUGAAAAGGGAGCCAAAAUAAAUGGCAAUGAAUCAAACUACUAUAGCAAUAUAAAAAACGCACAAGUGAUUGGCAAAUUUAGUGAACAAUUAUUUCAAAUCAUGAGUUCAGAAAUAAAAAAAAAAAAUUUUAUUUUAAAUAUUGGGGGAGAUCAUGGAGUAGCUUUUUCAAGCAUACUAGCCACACUACAAACAUAUAAAAAUUUAAAAGUGAUAUGGAUAGAUGCACAUGGAGAUAUAAAUAUACCAGAAACAUCUCCUUCUGGAAAUUAUCAUGGAAUGUCAUUAGCACAUGUAUUAGGAUUGUUUAAAAAAAAAGUUCCACAUUUUGAAUGGUCAGAAAAUUUGUUACAUUUAAAACCAGAAAAUGUAGCUAUUAUUGGAAUAAGAGAUAUUGAUAAAUAUGAAAAAAUCAUUUUAAAAAAUUGUAAUAUAAAUUAUUAUACUAUGUUUGAUAUAGAUAAAAAAGGUAUAUACAACAUUAUUUGUGAAGCUUUAAAUAAAAUUGAUCCAGAUCAAAAUUCUCCUAUACAUAUAUCAUUAGAUAUUGAUAGUGUCGAUUCAAUAUAUGCUCCUGGAACUGGAACAAUAGCUAAAGGUGGUUUAAAUUAUAGAGAAAUAAAUUUAUUAAUGAAAUCGAUAUCAGAUACAAAACGAGUUGUAUCUAUGGAUAUUGUUGAAUAUAACCCACUUUUGGAUGAAAAUGAUAAAGCAGUUCAUGGAGAUUCGCUACCAAUUGAUCCCAAUGCUACUAAAACUGGAAAAUUAUGUCUUGAGCUUAUUGCCAGAGUCCUAGGCAAUGAUAUCGUGUAA